AUGAAGAGGCACAAUUUUUCGCCGUCGCGUCGACGCGAAAAACUACAGCAAAGAGAUAACGACCUCGGUUGGCCGCGUGGGUCAGAGUGUCGUGCUACUGAUCAGCCGGCCGGCCGGGCCGCGAGUUCGAAUCUCGCCUUCGCCAUGGAUGUUGUGUGUUUGUUUUAGGCAGCAGCGGUGGCCGCAGUAGUAGACUCUUCGGUCUCCUGAUCAGCCGCCGUGCGCUGUGCGGGUUCGAGUCCCGUCCCAGGAGAAAUGUUUCUCUUGGCCAUGGAUGUUGUGAUUGUCCGUAGGUGGUAGACGGUCGCUGACUGUCGAACGUGGAGGUACCACCCGGCGGAUCUCGUAGGCGGAGCCAGAAUGUGUGCAUGUUGCAUGCACACGUGUUCCCUCGCCAGAGUCCGUGUGGCGUUCCCCCUUUCCCCUGUGUCCCCC